AUGGCGGAGAUGAUGGAGAUUGGUCUGCUGUAUAAUAACAUUCGUUUUUGUCUGUGAGGAGCAGUGGGUUUCUUUUGUUGUCGGUUAACCGCACAGCACCGUUCUUUACCCCUCCUUCGGGCCGUAAUGGCGGAGCGCGGUGUGGAUGUGUCCGCUCUGCCCCAAGAGGUCCGGGAGCAGCUCGCUGAGCUGGACCUGGAGCUGUCGGAGGGUGACAUCACACAAAAAGGUUAUGAGAAGAAGAGGGCCAAACUUUUAGCACCCUACUUGGUUCAAACUCAAACUUUGGCUCCACCUCCAGCCUAUGAUGGACAGUCUCCUGUUUCGAGCUCUGCCCCUGCACCCAAACCUGGCCCCUCAAACUCUUCCUCCUCCUCUUCUCACCACCGGCGCACACGCCGACCUCAUCGAAGCAGCGGGACAAGAGAUGAACGCUACAGAUCAGAUAUUCAUACUGAGGCCGUUCAGGCAGCACUGGCAAAGCAUAAGGAGGAAAAGAUGCCGCUGCCCAUGCCAACCAAACGGCGCUCCACAUAUGUACAGUCACCAGUUGACAACUGCACCCCACCAGACUCUUCCUCGUCCUCUGAUGAUGAAGCAGUGUCCAGUGAAAGUGCAGGGCCUCAGCAGUCUCCAGACACCUGGAUCAACAGCUCGCUGCACGCCUCCUCCACCUCAUCUUCUGCCUCCUCCACUCUCUCUCAUGGGGAGUCUAGGCCCGCCCAGGCCUCUCAGUCUCAGCAGGCCCCGCCCGCACCUGCCCAGCCACCCCACUCCCAGCCCACCGCGCUGGCUGAGGCCUUUGCGCAAACACGCAUCGAUCCAGUAGGAGGAGUUGGGCCCCCUGAUGUGCCAUCCCAAGCUCAGGCUAGAGGCUCUCGUGUGGAUCUGCCUGCCAAUGCCGUGGUGCGAGGGAUGACUCGAGGACAGAGCCGCUCCAGCAUGAUGGAGACCGCAGAUGGUGUUCCGGUUUCCAGUCGCGUGUCCACGAAGAUCCAGCAGCUGCUUAACACACUGAAACGACCCAAACGGCCACCACUCAGCGAGUUCUUCGUGGAUGACCAAGAGGAGAUUGUGGAAGUCCCUCAGGCAGAUCCUAACACACCUCGGCCAGAAGGCCGGCAGAUAAUCCCUGUGAAGGGGGAGCCGUUGGGUGUGGUCAGUAACUGGCCUCCUGCCCUUCAGGCAGCAUUAGCUCGAUGGGGUGCCACACAAGGCAAAAGUCCCGCCCUCACAGCUCUUGAUAUCACAGGGAAACCACUCUAUACACUUACAUACGGGAAAAUUUGGAGUCGUAGUGUGAAGCUGGCCUACACUCUCCUCAACAAAUUGGGAACAAAAAAUGAGCAGAUCCUCAAACCAGGCGACAGGGUGGCACUGGUGUAUCCUAACAGUGACCCUGGUAUGUUCUGGGUUGCGUUUUAUGGCUGUUUGUUGGCUGAAGUCAUUCCUGUGCCCAUCGAGGUUCCACUAUCACGAAAGGAUGCUGGGAGCAGUCAGGUUGGAUUUUUAUUGGGUAGCUGUGGGGUGGGUCUGGCUUUGACAAGUGAGAUCUGUUUGAAGGGUUUACCCAAGACACCCACUGGAGAAAUAUUGCAGUUAAAAGGCUGGCCCAGGUUAAAGUGGGUGGUGACGGACUCCAAAUACCUUACCAAGCCUUCGAAAGACUGGCAGCCACAUAUCCCAACAGCCAAUACAGACACUGCUUAUAUAGAGUACAAGGCCAGUAAGGAGGGCACAGUGAUGGGUGUUGCAGUUUCGAAGGUUGCCAUGUUAACACAUUGCCAGGCACUCACUCAGGCCUGUAACUAUUGUGAGGGUGAGACACUGGUGAAUGUUUUGGACUUUAAGAAGGACAUGGGUUUGUGGCAUGGAGUUCUCACUAGUGUGAUGAACCGAAUCCACACCAUCAGUGUUCCAUAUGCAGUAAUGAAGGCCUGUCCACUCUCCUGGGUUCAACGAGUACACAUACACAAAGCGCGGGUGGCAUUGGUGAAGUGUCGUGACCUGCACUGGGCGAUGAUGGCUCACAGAGAUCAGAGAGACACCAGUCUGGCCUCCUUGCGCAUGCUUAUUGUUGCUGAUGGAGCCAAUCCUUGGUCAGUGUCAUCAUGUGAUGCGUUUUUGAACGUAUUCCAGGCUUAUGGCCUGAAGCCAGAGGUCGUCUGCCCAUGUGCUACAUCACCUGAGGCCAUGACAGUUGCCAUACGCAGGCCUGGGGUCCCUGGAGCGCCUCUUCCAGCGAGAGCCGUCCUGUCAAUGUCUGGACUGAGUCAUGGGAUCAUCAGGGUCAACACUGAAGACAAGAACUCUGCUCUCACUGUACAGGACGUGGGACAUGUCAUGCCUGGAGCAUUGAUGUGUAUUGUGAAACCUGAUGGGCCACCCAUGCUAUGUAAGACCGAUGAGAUUGGAGAGAUCGUUGUGAACUCUCGUGCUGGAGGAAACAUGUACUAUGGCCUGCCUGGAGUCACCAAAAACACUUUUGAGGUGAUCCCAGUCAAUGCUAGUGGUGCUCCUAUUGGUGAAAUCCCAUUUGUGCGAUCAGGAUUAUUGGGGUUUGUUGGACCGGGUAGUCUGAUAUUUGUGGUGGGUAAGAAUGAGGGCUUGUUAAUAGUUAGUGGUCGCCGUCACAAUGCUGAUGAUCUGGUUGCAACAGCGCUAGCGGUGGAACCAGUCAAAACUGUGUACAGAGGCAGGAUCGCUGUAUUCUCAGUGACUGUGUUCUAUGAUGAGAGGAUAGUCAUUGUAGCGGAGCAGAGGCCUGAUGCCAGUGAGGAGGACAGCUUUCAGUGGAUGAGUCGAGUUCUACAGGCCAUUGACAGUAUUCAUCAGGUGGGAUUGUAUUGUCUCGCUCUGGUAUCUGCCAACACCCUGCCUAAAACCCCCCUUGGGGGCAUUCACAUCUCAGACACUAAACAGCUCUUCCUGGAGGGGGCGCUGCACCCUUGCAACAUCCUCAUGUGCCCCCACACCUGUGUCACCAACAUGCCCAAGCCACGCCAAAAACAACCAGUCGGUGUCGGCCCCGCUUCUAUCAUGGUGGGUAAUUUGGUUGCUGGGAAAAGAAUUGCACAGGCUGCAGGCAGAGAUCUGGGACUUAUAGAAGACCAAGACCUGGUCAGAAAGAUGUGCAUGUGGCCUACGAUGAUGCAUCAGUUCCUACCAGAGGCUUUACAGUGGAGAGCGCAAACAGACCCCGACCAUACGCUCUAUGUGCUAUUGAAUGCAAAGGGAGUGGCUGUGUGUACAGCUACAUGUGUUCAGCUUCAUAAAAGAGCAGAGAAGAUUGCUGCUGCUCUCAUGGAGAGAAGUGGAAUUAACAUGGGAGAGAAUGUGGUGCUUUUGUAUCCACCAGGUAUAGAUCUGAUCGCAGCAUUUUAUGGAUGUUUGUAUGCUGGUUGUAUUCCUGUUACCGUGAGGCCUCCACACACACAGAACCUCUCUGCUACUCUACCCACUGUCCGCAUGAUCAUUGAUGUCAGUAAGGCUGCCUGCAUUCUUACUACUCAGGUUUUAAUGAAGAUUCUCAGAUCUAAAGAAGCAGCCACCACUGUCAACAUAAAAACAUGGCCUAUCAUAAUUGACACAGAUGAUUUGCCUCGCAAACGGCCUCCCUCAAUCUAUAAACCACCCAAUGCUGAAGUGACCGCCUACUUGGAUUUCAGUGUCUCAACCACAGGCAUGCUUACAGGGGUGAAGAUCUCCCAUGCAGCAGUGGGUGCCCUGUGUCGAUCUAUAAAGCUUCAGUGUGAGCUAUACUCUUCUCGCCAGAUCGCCAUCUGCCUCGACCCCUACUGCGGACUUGGUUUUGUGCUAUGGUGCCUUGCGAGUGUAUACUCAGGUCACCAGUCUAUCCUGAUCCCUCCAUUGGAGCUAGAGAGUUCACUGACUCUGUGGCUGGGCACACUCAGUCAGUACAGAAUCAGAGACACCUUCUGCUCCUACUCUGUCAUGGAGCUCUGCACCAAGGGACUGGGAGGACAAACCGAGCUGCUGAAGGCGCGGGGUGUGAAUCUGGCAUGUGUGAGGAGCUGUGUGGUAAUUGCUGAGGAGCGUCCACGGUUGGCUCUCACACACUCCUUCUCCAAACUCUUUAAAGACCUUGGACUCUCCAUGCGGGCUGUCAGCACCGCUUUUGGGUCGAGAGUUAACCUGGCCAUCUGCCUACAGGGUACCACUGGACCAGACCCCUCAACUGUAUAUGUGGACAUGAAGUCCCUUCGGCAUGACAGGGUGAGGUUAGUAGAGCGAGGAGCACCACAGUCUCUUCCUCUCAUGGAGUCUGGAACAAUUCUUCCAGGUGUGAGGGUGAUUAUUGUCAAUCCAGAAACUAGAGGACCAUUAGGAGACUCUCAUCUGGGAGAGAUUUGGGUAAACAGUCCCCACAAUGCAACAGGAUACUAUACUAUAUAUGGAGAGGAAAAUCUGCAGGCCAACCACUUCAACACUAAGCUGAGCUUUGGAGAUCCACAAACACUCUGGGCCAAAACUGGAUACCUGGGUUUUGUCAAGAGAACUGAACUCACAGACUCCAGUGGAGAUCGCCAUGAUGCUUUGUUUGUUGUGGGCUCUCUGGAUGAAACUUUAGAACUGAGAGGUCUACGAUAUCAUCCCAUUGACAUCGAGACCAGUGUAUUGCGUGCCCACCGCAGCAUUGGCGAGAGUGCUGUGUUCACCUGGACAAAUCUGCUGGUGGUGGUGGCUGAACUCUGUGGAUCAGAGCAGGAUGCAUUAGACCUGGUUCCUCUAGUAACCAAUGUUGUAUUAGAGGAGCAUCAUCUAAUUGUGGGUGUGGUGGUUAUUGUUGACCCUGGGGUCAUCCCUAUCAACUCAAGAGGAGAGAAGCAGCGAAUGCACUUGAGAGACUCCUUCCUGGCAGAUCAGUUGGACCCCAUAUACGUAGCAUACAACAUGUGAGACGUGUUAUAGGCAAGCCAUUGGCCUCCCAGAGAGAUGCUAUGGAGCCUGGCCUCAGAGUCUGCUACUUUAAGGUGCACAGGGUUUGGGUUGUUAAAUGAUUUGGAAAGACAUGGCAAUUUUUCUUCAGGGGCAAGAUGCUAACCGAAUGUGUUUGAUGACUGUUUUGGAGGAGGCUAUCUUAAUGCUAUCAUAAGGUGUUUUUUUUCACCAACAGGCCAAUUGGUUCUUAUUGUAGAACCAUUCUGUACCAAUCUGCUGACCAUGCUGAGAAAUCUUGGGUAGGGAACGGUUUGUAGUCAUACUGUACGGAACCAUGCUGAAGUGGAAAUGCCACUGGAACCGCUACUCACAGUGUUCAGAACUGUUUGGCCCGAUGGUGGAAAAGACACCUUAUAGAAUUUCCUUAUUUUUGCUAACUUCCUAUAUUCCAACCCAUUUUUCCCCAAAAUGCCACAUACUGUACUGUCUGUACAACUCUUGGUCAAUAUUUAAAUUUAUUUGAAUCACUUAUGUCAUAGCUAGAGAUAAACCAAUUGACCGAUAUAUUUAAACCAGUAUCCACACUUCUUUAUAUUUUGUGUCUUUUUAUUGGCACUAUUUGGCAGGUCUCUAAAAUGGCAUUACACUACUGUGGAACAAUAGUCAAUGUUCACAGGUAAUUUAACCUACUUAUUUAAUGUACUGUUUGCAAAAAAAUGCUGAACUUUUUAAAUAACACCCAGUCUUAUUAUUGAAGUCCAAUAAUUAUUUAGUUAGAUAAUUGUCAAAAGGCAAAAUUAAAAAAUUACAUAUUUAAAAACGUAUUCUGAAAUAAUAUUAUCCUACACUUAAACAUAAAAAAAUAACCUGUAUCGGUGGUUUAAAAAAAUGCUGGUCAAUCUUUAGUCAUAGCUGCUUGUUCUUUUGAAACACUGUCCUAUCCACCUGUUUCCUGUACGUGAAAGUAUUCCAAGCCUGUUUUUGGUCUCCAGCGAUUUCUCUUACAUCGGCGUAUGGUCUUAGCAGAUAAUGUUAACAUAUUAACUUUGAAAAAAAAAAAUAAUAAUAAUUAAAUAUGAAAAAAAUAUUUAGGCCCAUACAAUGCAAGUGAAUGGGGUCAAAAGAUUUGAAGCUUCACAAAGCACAUAAAGGCAGCAUAAAAUUAAUCCAUCAGACUCCAGUGGUUUAAUCCAUGUCUUCUGAAGUGAUCCAAUCAAUUUAGGAUGAGAAUGAGAUGUAAAUCAAUUUUGACUAUAGAUCUUGACAUCCACAGUCUCCUUCGUGAUUUCAAGCUUGAUUACACUUCCUAGCGCCAUCUAGUGCAUGCAUCAAGCUCAGUCAGUUCCAGCUCUGUGCAUGCGUCAAGCACUAGGAAGGGUAAUUGAGCUUGAAAUCAUGAUCGUGCAUAGAACUGCAAAAGCAAAUGAGUUCUAUAUUGGUCUGUUCUCACCCAAAAUCAAUUGGAUCGCUUCAGAAGACAUGUAUUAAACCACUGAAGUAUAUGGAUUACCUUUGUGCAGCAUUUAUGUGCUUUUUGGAGCUUGAAAGUGUUCAGUGCCCAUUCAGUGGCAUUGUAUGGACCUACAGAGGUGAGAUAUUCUUAUAAAAUCUUAAUUUGAGUACUGCAUAAGAAAAGUCAUUCACAUUUGGGAUGACAUGAGGGUGAGUAAAUGAUGAGAGAAUUUUAAUUUUUGGCUGAACUAAUCCUAUAACAUGGUUGUUGUUCUCUGCCUGGAAUGCACAUAAUAGUAGUUUUUACAUUGCCUCUAAUGGAGACCGGAACUAGAAAACAGUCCAGUGGCAAUCAGAAUCAUCAUGGCAGCACUCAGUGGCUAGUCAGUAAAAUGCUUGAUUUUAGCUCUAUCUGUAGUACUUUUAAAAAGAAAAUAGCUUAAAGCCUCAGUUUGGACGUUUUUAAUAAUUAUGAAUAUAUCCACAAAACUGAUGUGCAACUGACCACCUUUAUAUAUAUAUAUAUAUAUAUAUAUAUAUAUAUAUAUAUAUAUAUAUAUAUAUGGUACUGUGUGUUAUAGGGCUGUUUUGAAUCAUAGGGGUAUCAUUACUCCCCUGUGGUCAUUUGUCAUUUACCAGAUGCUUUUUUAUCUAAAGCAGUUUACAGUACACUUAAUACAGAGACAGUUGCGUUAAGUGCCUUUCUCAAGGGCAGUAUGGUGAUAGGACAUCUCUGUAAUGCUGUAGUUGAUAUAAUGCUCUUACCCUGGUUAAAACCAUCAACCUUUAGGGCUGUAUACCCAGAUAUUUAAGAUAUGAUGCUACCACCACACCUUAGAAAGGACUGCUUAAUUCCCUGGUGGGCUCAACCCACCAUUUAUCCAGAUUAUGCCACAGAGACUGCAGUGGCCCCUAUGGUAGCUGUUCUAAAUGUGAAUGAAAAUCUUGAAUAUCCCAUAAACUGUCAUCCUAAUAAAAUAGAUUUUGCUUAGUGUGCCCUGUCAGCUCUGGAACAUUUUAGUGUGAUAAAUCGUACAACUGAGCAGGGACUAAAAACUGUUCAAGGAACAAAAACGAAUGGCAUUUUUAGCAGAACGUAACCGAAAACCGAAACAGACUGAUUUUCAAUUGUUCUGGAGUGAAAACUUUGUUUUUAAAUGCUGGUAACCGGUUAUAACUGGUUCAUUUUGUUCUGAUCAUUUUUUCAUUAAACUAAAGACCAAAGGGUCCGUACAUUUCUGUAACUACACCACUUCAUGUUGUCUGGAAAAUUGAAAUAUGUGCUUUGAUCUUGAAGGAAACUGCUGCAUCACACAUUUCUUUGCCUAAUUGCCCUUUGUAUAUGUCGCAUUCUCUGAAAGAAUACCAUUCAACUUCUAUUUAUAAUUACUACAUAGCUAAUCCAGAUACAAGGAAAACAUUAUUAGAAUUAUUAAAAGUACAUUUCUUAGUUGUUCACUGAAUUAUUGUCUGCUAUGAUGCAUUAAUACAGAUUUGAUGCUGGUUUUGACACAGAAGCAGAUCUAUAAUUAAAAUGAUACUUAACUGUUAAUUAACUGCAUUUCUAGCCGAUAAAUCCACCACACAGGAAAACAAUUAAUUGCUUAUUUUAGCUUAUUUUGUCGAAGCAAGUGGCUUAAUUUGGGCUUGUUUUUCCAGACCAGGUUCCUUUUUUUCUCUUGCGAGAUCUGACAACACUGCAAUUGGUAUUUCACCAACCCCUUAGCGCAGAGUACUGUCAUUUAAAAAAAAUAAAAACGUUAAUAAUUGUUCUUUUAUUUUGUUCUAACUGGUGGGAAAGGAGGUUGUGGAGCUUCUGAACCGGAAUGAAAAAAUACGGUUUUUGCUCAGAAGGAACUGAAAUUAAAAACAUUUCCUUUUUAGUCCCUGCCACUGGGGCUUUAAAAAAACAAACAGAUAAUGAGCUAUUUCUGUUAUGAGCUUACAUCCUGCAUUCUGUAAAUUUUUUAUAUUUCAAAAUGAUUUAUAUUUUGUUUUGUAAGAGGAAAAUACCCACACAAUAACUCACCAAAUACUCACAAAAAGCGUUUUAUCUUUCUUUUGUUUUACCAAAAGUAUAUUAGGCAAGCUGUUAUUAGGAAUGUCCACUACCAGCCUUUAUUUGAAUUAUAUUGUUUUAGGGUUAAAUUAUAGAGCCUCAAUCAUUGAAUUUCAGACAACAUUUUAAAUGAUUCAUAUCAAAUAGAAGAUAUUUAAACAAUUAGGAGAUAUUUAAACCAUAAGUUAUUGAAAGGCUUCAUGAAUCGGAUAUGGACAAGUUUAUUUUAUACUCAAAUUUAAUACAAAAAUAAAAGGGAUUUUAAAAAAAAAACAUCUACAAUACAGCAUGAUGCUACAAAAGCCAUAACUCACAAUGCUCAACAAAGGACUAAAACAAAUAUUUAGGUUAAAACAAAUCAACAACCUUGUUUCCAACAACCCUUUACCCUCAACCCAAGUUCAGCAUGAGGAUAAACAUCCAUAAUAUUUGUAAUGAUCCUUUAUGCACUUUAUUAGAUAUAUGCUGAUAUAUUCAGUAACAUGAAUUAGUAAUAUCUGUCAAGCAGAAGGGCAUGUUUAGUCUGUUAUGUCAUGUUUACUUGCAUCCAUUGCUAGGUAAUAUAUGACUAACAUGUACAAAUGAAAAAUGUAGGCAUGUAAAAAGCACAUUUCUGGGACACAUAUUGCUGUAAUGCCCAGUCUAACCUCUACUUCUUUGUCCUCAGCUUACCCCUCCACGUAUAGAGUUUGAACAGUAAGCAACACUACACUGUAAACCCUAAUAAGUUCUCCAAAAUGUUGAGGCUUUCAGUUACAUAAAUAUCGUUUAAGUUAAUAAAAGUUUCAGAUUUUGAUUUUGUACUACAUAUGCAUGUUAAUUGGCUUCAACUUGAAAUAUUGAGUAAACUGACUCCUACAUUUUGAUGGCAAUUUAAAUUGAACUCUUUGGCUGAACUUAAAUACUUCAAGUAGAGAGAACCUGUAGAGAGGACUAGCUAAUACAAUGAAUGCUAAUAUGCUGAAUGCAUGCCAAUUGGAAAUACUCUGCUUUGAUUAGCAUAGCAAUUAUUCAAUGAGUAUAGCUAUAUACUAUAGUACAAUCUUAAAUUGUAUAUUGUACCUGUCCUCAACCUAAGCUCAAGAACAUAACUCAAACAAUAUAAAAGUGGUUUGCAGAAAAAAAAAAAAAACAAAGACGCACACACACAACAUGUGUGUUUCUCUCUUAAACUGUCGUCCCGGACCCUCCUUAUCUCUCUCCCUCUGAUUAGUGUCAUCAUGGCCCGGCCACGCCCUCCUCCUCUUCACACUCCUCCACCUCCAGAUUCAGGUCAGGGAAACCUCCGGCCUGACCUACUCCCCUCCUCCCUUCCUAGAGGGGAGGUGUUGCCCUUUUGGCCGUCCUUCAUCCAGCCUGCCUUCCCCACCUCCUGGGAUACUAAGAGAGAGAUGAGGGGAGGGAGAGUGGAGAGAGAAUGAGCAAGUGGGGAGACAGAACAAGGGAGAGAGAGAGUGAAAAGUGGCUCGCCAGUCCCCGGACACACUGUCGCCUGGUCCUCGGCCAGCUGGGCAGUGGCCCUCCGCGAUGCCGGGCGAUGGCACUGGACAUCGCCUCCUGGCAGACAUCAUCGGCUCAUCCACCUCCUGGCAGCCGGCAGCGAGUUCCUGCACCACUGGCAGUGGCUCCUCCACUCCAGGUGGAUGGCAGAAACUUCUCCGUCUCCUGGCGAACGGCAGUGGGUUCCUCCACCUCCUGGCGAACCACUCCAGUACCACCGUAUCUGACCUCCUCGGCGUCGCGACCCUCCAACAGUGCAGAGGUUUCACCGACAGUGCAUCUCCCCUCCCUCUGUUGUUUUGGCACCAAUGUAACGAAUUUCACAGCAUGGGCAAGGAGGCGGGAAUCAAUGAAAUGUACCGCUGUAUGUGUGCAUUUCAUUGAUUCCCGCCUCCUUGCCCAUGCUGUGAAAUUCGUUGUGUGUCUCUCUCUAACUGGUGCCACCGGCUCAUCUUUAUCUCUCUCCUGGCUGAUUAGGUGACUCAGCACCAGCCAAAAACCCUCACACCCCGGCCACGCCCUCCUCCUCCUCAUCACAUCAGGUUACUUAAAAGGUGUCAGUUUUGUGUACUCAAAAGAUAAUGUUCAAAAUACUCAUCAAGGUUAAUUUAUUUGAACUAAUUUGUAUUAUUUAAGUUUUCCCAAUUCAAAACAAUAAAUUAUUUUGAGCAUUAGGAUUUACAGUGUAAUGUACACUUAGUAUGGAUUAUUUUUGUGAUGUUUCUAGAACUAUCACCAACUGCAAACCAAAUUACAAACCAAGCCUAACCAAACAGAAAAAAAAACGGAGGUAUCGCUCUAUUUUUCCUCUCAUCUAAAGGUGCUUUUAAACAUCAGGACAACCAUUUAAACCUCUAAAUGGUCAAAAAAAUAUUUAAAAAUUAAAAGAAGAAAGAAAGAAAAUAGAUUCAGGCAUCUGUACAAUAAAAAAAAAAUGUUAACUGUAAAAUAACAAGGCUUUGUGUACUAGCAAUCCCCCCAUGAACACCCAACUGUACAAAUGCAUAGACUUUAUAUGCUUUGCAAAAGGAUCUUCAAAGGACAGUUGCUGUCUCCUGUACUAUAGACAUUUUUACCAGGAAUAAUUCUGACUUGUAUACCAUAAAUUAUUGUAAAUAACUGCUUUUGUACAGAUGAGAAAUUCUACUGUACUGUACGUUAGUUGCUUUAUUCUGUCAGAUUUUUUUAUUAAUAUGAAUAUUAAUUUCUGUCACUGAUCCCUUCGUAGCUGUGCUGGGGUUUAAAGUUUAAGACCAAUUGUAAAUAGCUUGUUUUGUUUCUGUUUGUUCUUUUUGGUUUAAAAAAAUUUAAUGGGUUGAAAUCUGUGUGAAGAUCGAUCUGUCAAGCAUUUCUAUUUAGAAUUAUGGUAUGUGAAGUCAUUAUGAUGUAAGCAAGAGACUAUUUUCAAAGUCCAAAGAGACUAUUUUCAUGUUAGCCAAACCUCAUUAACUAAAAGGGGUUUUGUACGUGCGUGUGUUUAUGUUAAGAGUUUACGGUGACAAGCGGGUGCAUUGAUAGUUCAGUUACUGUAUAUUUACUGACAACCGGUUUAUGACCAUGAGAACACAGUUGAAAGGUCGCUUCAGAUACACUGUCUUAUAUUUAUUCUUUCAUUCUUACUCUCAGUAAGAUAUCAGAGUUGAGUUCAUAUGAAAGCACAAGCGAAUGAAUGAGCUUUUACAUGGGACAUUCAGGGAAACAGUGCUUUCCAGGAGAGAGGAUAGUCAUAUUUAAAUAUUCACUUAAAAGUUUGUAAUGCUUUUUGUUCUUUUAAGAAACAAUUAAGUUGUCAUUUACAGGUGAUAACUGAGUCUUGUUAACAAUAUUAUGGAAAAGACAGGAAAUAAAAUACAUAAUUGGUUCAGUUUAUUAAAAUUCUGAGAUGCCAUCUAAGUGCUGGAACUAUAAGAAAAUGUUUCACACACUAUGCAACCAGCUGCAGUCACAUUCCAAAUGGCAUUUGGGGGACACACAAGCUCAGCCACAAUGAUGGAAAAGAUAACAAUUGAUUUGCUUGCAAAGUAGUACAGUAUAAAAUGGAAACAUGUAACAGGAACCUGACUUUAUUGUUUAGACAGUUCAUAUUGCUCUUGUGUUACAAAAACCUUUUAUAGUUUUGUUUAAUUCUCAUAAUAUUAAUAAUAGCAGUAUGGCCAUUAUGUAUAUCCAAGAAACUGAUACUUCACAGUUUUAGUCAUUCGUUGAUGUAAAUGAAAGUAAUGAUUAUGCAAGCAAGCAUUUCUGUUGGUUCACAUUUCUUUUCUUUGUACAUUGAUCACUGCUACUGUUUUGUACUUAAGUGAAAAUCAAGAAAAAAUAAUAAAAUGCUUUUAUUUUGC